AACUGAAACUCUUUCUGUAAAUAUCCGCGCCAAGUCUCGCUUCGUUUCGACCUCUUCAACCAUCCUUUGCCUGUGUUACAGAGCCUUUUGGCCGAUGAUCUGUCAGCUGCUUGUAUCUCCAAGUACUAUUUUAUAGCUCGAGAGGGGUACCGACCGUAACGGAAUUUUUGUCUUAUUUUACCGUCGGUCCACAAGCCGCAGAGUACCAGACGUUUCCGCGCCGCGCCGCAAGCCGCAAUUCGUUCAACGGACCAAAACCCGCAUUUUCAUAUCACAUCAUGUCCACCUCGCAGUAUCUCCAAGAUCUCAACAGGGAUGGGUUUGUGGUCAUAAAGUCAAUCGCGAGCAAGGAUAAGCUCGAUGCUCUCCGCGAGGUCAGCUCAAAGGCCACUCAGCUGGCUCGCGAAGGGCAAUGGCCUUACGUACGAACUGUAGGAAAACAGUUCCCACCAUGGGAUGCCAGUCAGGCACGUGAGCAUGGAAUAUGGGGUGUCCAACAUCUCAUGAACCCUGAUCUCCCUGGUCAUGAGCUAUUCACAGAGCUGUACUUCUCUGAAGCCAUUCUCGGCAUUGUUAAGCAGCUGCUGCAAUGCCAAGACGAGCAUCUCGUGAUGGAGCUGUUCAACAUGCUUGUCAGGCCAGAAAGGGAUUUUGAGUUGAGGUGGCAUCGUGAUGAUAUCCCCGCUGAGGCUAGUGAGGACGAGGAGAUGGAGCGUCUUGGCAAGCAUGCCUACCAUGCUCAGUAUAACUUCGCUCUAUGGGAUGAUGAUUCUCUCAUCGUCGUGCCUGGCUCGCACAAGCGCGCUAGGACCUCAACUGAGCGAAACGCAGAUCCCUUUGCCAAGUUCCUGCCAGACCAGCUCAUCGUCAAGCUGCAGCCCGGCGAUAUUGUCUUCUAUAAUAAUAAUAUUCUGCACCACGGGGCUUACAGUAGCAGCAAGGAGCGAAUGACACUACACGGCUCUGUUGGCCAUGUGCAGGGCAGCACUCUUCGAGCAAGGAACGUUCUACAGCAUGGAAUUGGUAACUGGGUUGACAAAUGUGCUUUCGAGUCGCUCCCGGAGGAAGAUAGGCACAGGGCCGACGGUAUGAGACAGCGUCUAAUCCAGCUUGGCAGUGAGAGCGGUCAAGUUGGUUACUCACUCCAAGGCUGACCCUGAGAGGCUGAGAAAAGCGAGGCCGGCACCAACACCUUCUGAUGCCGUUGUUUGGAUAUAUCAAGGCCCAAGGGCGCUAAGUAGGGCACAUCCUGUAACAAAUUGAAGAAACCAAAAGCAGCAGGGUGACAUUGAACGUGACCUGACGAACUACAAUUCUCCAUCUGAUGCUGAAAAUCUACUGACCAAGGGACGCAAGAAAGGAAAAACUCAACGUCUUGAUGCUUAGAAAAGUAGUUUCGUAUGAACUGAGAAGGCUCCUUAGCUAGUGUCGGCACCAGCAGGCAUGAGUUUGAACAACGUCUCUGAUCAGACACAGUUCGAACCAUUGCCAGUGUU